AAAUCGAUGGCGUCUAUUCCGUCCAUUCUGCCUGGCGGUUAUAUUCAGCUUCAUAAUAUGCUACUACUACAUGGACUACAUAAUGGAUUACGCCGUCUACGAGGAGCAUGCCAUAACUCAGGGUUUCUUUGUUAAUACAUCGGGCUGUCAUAUGGUCGCACUGAAUCCAAUACCAAUAGAGUCGUUAGUUAAUGAUGAAGAACUGCCAUCACUCCAAUGCCAGAAGCCUGAACUACUGCAUGGUGAAGUUGUGGAUGGUCGCAACUAUUUGGUUUGGUCCAUGACGGAGGACAAUAUUCGCAGCGUCUUUCAAGUACGCAAUGUUUCCGAUAUCAAUUGUUAUUAUGUUGGUAUCAGUCGCUACAGUGAUAAUAAGAACAAUUACGACGAUAGGAAGAGCUUCCGAUUGAAUAGUAUGCGUACGAAGCAGCUCCUGGAUGAAGAUGUCAAGAUCGUGCGAGUUGAAUGCAUUCGAGAUGGGAACGAAACUAUUUACCAUGAUGUGCAUUUCUUUUUGCCAACAGCAGAAGUAACUGGAGUCCAGGAUAAACGCAUUUCCGUUAUGAUUUUGGGAAUUGAUUCCAUCUCACACAUGCACUAUCUGCGUUCGAUGCCACAGUUUCAGAGCUUUAUAGAGAAUGCGGAUCUGCCUCAUGUGGAAUUUUGGGGCUACAAUCGUGUGGGACGCAAUUCCUAUCCAAAUCUGGUGCCGCUGCUUAGUGGAAUGUCUGAUGCGGAACUGGAGGCCAAUUGCAGUAAGAAUGGAGACGAGCACUACGAUCGCUGUCCCAUAAUUUGGAAGCAAUUCAAAGCAGCGGGUUAUUAUACUAGUUUGGGGGAGGACCACAUCGGCGGUUGCUUUAACUAUGUCAAGAAAGGCUUUUAUAGUCAACCCACGGACUAUAUUCUACGACCUGUACUCUUCGAAAUGAACCAGAAUACACGCUAUAGCUGCGAUAAGCAAGAGCUCGUUCACUGUAGUGGACAUCGCUUGUUCUCCGAAGUGCUCCAGGAAUUUAUCUUCAAACUGGUGCCACACAUGAAGCAGCAUCCCUUUUUCUCGUUCUUCUGGCGGGCAAUGGGCGUGCACGAUUACGCCACAUAUGCAAAAACGGUGGAUAUGGAAUAUGUUAAAAUGUUGCGCAGCCUUCAAACACAAGGAAUUUUAAAUAGAUCGCUGAUAUUGUUCAUGUCAGAUCACGGGCUGCGAUUUACUGGAUUUCGCAAAAGCUAUCAAGGAAUGCAGGAGGAAUCCCAGCCUCUACUAAUCGCAUUUUAUCCUAAGUGGUUCGGUACGCUCUACCCCGAAGCCAUUAUCAAUCUGAAGAGAAAUGCACAUAGUCUGGUCACAACCUUCGACCUACACGAAACCCUUAAAGACAUACUUCACCCAAAACAACUACUACGUGAGCAGUUGGUCAAACGCACAGUCGCUUUAAAGUCUCUGGGUCGCAAUGCACCACGUGGAGUGAGUCUUUUUCUGCCUAUUCCCAAGCAGCGCGACUGCAAUAUGGCCGGAAUACCCACACAUUAUUGUCUCUGUCACAAACUCAACGAGAUCUCCAUUGAAGAUUCGCGAGCUAAGCGAGCUGCACGCUUUAUUGUGCGCAGCCUCAACGCACUGCUCUCUUCCUAUCCGCAAUGCCAUCGGCUGGAGCUAGAACAAGUCCUGGCCGCAUAUUUGUUGGAACAACCCAUGGAUCCAAAUGCGUACGAGGUUAGGGUGCGCUUAGUAACUGAACCGGGCGGUGGUCUAUUUGAGGGAACCACACGAUUUUUGGGCUUUAAAGUGGCGCUAGAUGGCGUCGUGACACGAUCUAAUGCAUACCGUAACCAAUCGUAUUGUGUGAAUAACUAUCGCAUAGAGAUGUACUGCUAUUGUAAGCAUUAA